UUAAACGAACUGAUAACCGUCUUGUUUACAGUCUGUCAGACUUACGGUCUGUAUAUAUGUAUGUACCAUGUAGCGUUACGGAAAACUUUCUUUUCAAGCGUAACAGUAUGUCCAUAUGGGAAGAGAAUGUUUCCUAUGUCAAGUCUUGAAAAGCAGCUGAUUGCACUCGCCUAAAGGCGCGAGUGCAGAGGCUGUCUGACUCUUUCUUCCCUCCGCUCAAGUGACGUCUAUUUUUCCGGUUUGCGGCUCAGAUAUUUCGGUCAGCAGCACGAUUAAACAUGGCGGCAGUUAUCGGUAGUCCACGACGGUUUCAAGAACUUUUUACAAACAUAUCUUUGAAGUUUAAUCGAGCAGAAUCAGAAGAUGUUGUGCAGUCGUUGAAAAGGAAUUAUGGAGGGAAAUUUGAUUUGCUCGAUAAUCAAGACUUGUUGUCAAGUUUGCAACUUUUAUUGAAGCAUGGAUUUGUGUCUGACAACAAACUCACCCUGAUCGAAAAGUUUGUUGCGCCGAAAUCGAACCAGGAAGAACAGAUCAAGGAAAUUAUCAAGAGUUUCAAGGAGUCUCGGGAGCAAGAAGUUGAUUCAGGGAGGGAAUUGCCAGGGCGACAAGAUGAAAUCAAGAAAAUUACGAAAAAGCUUGAAACUAAAGGACAGUCGCUGGUUGUGAAUUUGUUUGGAUCGGCUGGAGUUGGUAAGACAACACUAGCAAGGAGAGUUUGUUCCGAAUGGCAAGGAAAGUAUUUUGUUUGUGAUCUAAGAGAAGCUAAAGAUAUGAAGGCCAUUUAUCUCAACAUGAUGAGUUCCCUUGGACUAACUGUUCCCAUCGGUUACGUUGAUCAGAAUUCUGUUGUUACAAAAAUUCAUGAGAACAUUCAAGUGUUAAAUCAGCCAGUUCUCUUCUUACUCGAUAAUGUUGAACAAUUCACCGCUGGCCAAGGGAAGGAAGGCAAGAACUUGAAAACGGCUUUCGUGCAAUUUCUAGUGAGUCUUUUAGAAUUUGAUGAGAAAGACAAGAAAUUAUCAUUUAAACUGCUCUUAACAUCCAGGACUCAUUUGCAAGAUGCCACAAAGGUGGACAAUUUUGAAGUGAAGCCUCUUGAAAGUUCCUUUUCAGAGGAAAUCCUGAUUUCCAAGGGAAUGGUUAAUGUUAAUACCCAGCAGAAGAAUGAACUACUUAACAUCUCCAAAGGAAUACCACUUCUUUUGAAAGGUUUAGCAGCUAUUUUGCGACAAGAAAGACAAGCUGCUGAUGAUCUCAUUGCUGGGAUUGAGAAAGGGAAAGGUGCCACUCCAAAGAAAUCAAAAUUGAGAGAAGAUGCUAAGGGAAAGCCAUUCAAUUUUGAAGAUGAAGGACUGGAUAUAGGCCAGUUUUCCACAAUCAAAGAAAUGUUCAAUUCCCUUCCCACUGAUAGCUUGAAAGUGUCUGCUGUAUCAAUUUCACUCUUCUGUGGUCCUUUCUCUGUUUCCACAGCUGCUAAGAUCCUUGGCAUCAGCCCAGAAAAUCAGGCAGAGGCUCUAGCUCAGCUGGAGGGGCUGGUAACUAGUCAAAUUAUUUCUGUGGUCAAUGAAGAAGCAAAGGAAGUGAUGUAUGACAUUCACCCACUUUUAAGAAAAUAUGCUGUCAGUAUCAAGGAAGAAGCAGAAUUCCACAUGGCGUACUUGGAAGCCAAGGAACGAUUCCAUCAGCACUUUAUGACAAAGAUGGAAAAGAUUGCAAAACUGAUAGAGCCUGAGUAUGUUAGAGCAUUCCAACUUUUUCAGACUGACAGAGCAAACUAUGAGUUUACUGUUGAGAUCUCCUUGGAGCCAGAAUAUUUCAGUGUUCCAGGAGAGUUUCGUGAGAAUGCCUUGAUUGCAUGUCUUUUCAAUGAUAUGCUGACUGAAGACAAACAAAUCCAGCUGUUUCAUUCCUGGGCUGAGAUGUGUGAAGAUGAUGGACGGUCAGGAUCUCUAUCCCGGGCGCAGUUAAAAUGCUGGGAAGCUCGACAAGUGUUAGAUGUUGAUGGAACUGAGCAAGCAUUUAAAGUGUUGAAGGAAGCGUCCUGUUCAUUAGAGAAAGUUCAGGACAAAUCAAGUGCAUUCUUCAGGCUUAGCAAAGGACUUCUCUUGUAUUCUGAGGGGGAAACCCACUGGAGGAAAAGAGACUACAAGAAAGCACUAGAAACAUUGGAGUUAUCGUUACAAUUCACAGAACAACUCCUUAAUGCUCAUACCGAUCUUGUAAGGUGUUACAAUGCGAUUGGAAAUUGCCAUUUCCACCUGCGCAAACCGGAGACAGCUCUUGACUUCUACGAAAUAGCAUACAACAUGCAAAAGGAGUUGGCUGGUUCAGAGUACCACUUUGAAAUUCCAAUGUGCAAGAAUCAAAUCGGCACAGCGCAUGAGGGUCAAGGAGACUAUGAGAAGGCAGAGCAGUGGUACAGACAGGCACUGGAACUUUUGAAAGAACUCAAACUUUCAGGGUUUCAUGACGAAGCUCACUUCUGUAGAAAUCUUGCCAAUGUUCUCAUGUUUCAGAAGAAGUAUCCAGAAGCAGUUGAACCUGCAGAAAGGGCUUACAACAUAAGGAUGAGGCUUUAUGGGAAUCACCCACUGACCGUGCGUAGCAUUUUCCAGCGAGCAGUGCUUCAGGCCAACUUUGGAAAAUUCGAGAAAGCCUUGGAAUUGUUCCUUGAAGCAUGGAAAAUGGAGAAGUCGCUUGGUGCAGGAAACCAUAGUGAAGUAUGGCGAAAGAUUAUUACUGGUGUUGAGGACAUGUAUGACGAAACGGCGAAAGGAAGAAAGAUGGAACGAUUCAUCCCAUUUUUUCGUUCCAAAAAGGAACAAUUUAGAAAGGAUGCAUUGGAAUUUUGCCAGCAUUUUUGGAAUGAAGAAAAACGUUCUGGGCUUUUUAGUUUCACCGAUUACAACAGAGAGAUAAUUGAUGCAUUAUUGUACUUGGUUCGUGACAAGAAAGAUAAGAAUGAAACAGAAAAAGAGGCCUUGUGGUUCUAUGAAGAGAUGCAGGGUGCAAGUGAGGCAGAAUUUCAAGAGGAGUUUGAUCAGCAAACAGAUUUGAGUGUGCUUAAUGAGAUGCUGAAAGAAAGAAGUUUGAUCUUGGACAAAGUAAUUAAACUUUGCGUUAACCUUACCGAGCAUGAGAAACUCAUGAAGCACCGAAACAUCAAGUUGGCGCUGUACAAAAAAGUUCUUGUCAGACCAGACUUUGUCGGCGAGAAACACGAUGGAUACGACAAAGCGGCACUAAAAAUCAAGGUAGAACAGCUGUACCGAAAUUCUGGGGAGGAGGAAUAUAUUCCAGAAUUCCAAGAGAGCCUGUUGAGUACUUGGCAAACGCAGUGGGAAGAAGGGAAAGGUGGAGAGAAGUUGAAAGAGUUUGGUGUGGCAAGGGAAAGAACAAUCACUGGAAUCCUCCGGUUAUGCAAGGACCUUGAGAAAGAGGAAAUGUUCAGACGAUAUGGAAACGAAGCACUGAGCUUUUAUGAGGACUUAUGGGAGGUGAAGCAGGCUAUGAUGGAACCCUCUCAAAUGAAACAGUUCCUCUUAAACGGCAAAAAGGUAGCUUCGUCUAUUGGAGACCAUGAAAGAGAGAACGUUUACGACAAGGCCUUACAGACCCUGGUAAGGACAGGGAAACAUCCAGGGGCCACCUUGCGAACAAAAGCCAAACAACCUACUUCUAAAUCAGCUGAGGAAGAGGAAGAAGAAGAGGAGGUUGUGGUAGAAUCUGAAGAGGAGAUUACAGUUGGAUCUGAGGAGGAGGCUGAAGACGCAUCUCAAGAGGACAUUGUGGUUGACUCUGGGGAAGAUGUUAUCGGGUCUGGAGAGGAGAGUGAAUUCGAAUCUGAGGACGCACCAGACGUCGGAGCUGAGGCAACUGAAACAGAAGACAUUAGCUUGAUCCUCGAAGACACUGUAUCUAAACAAGGCAGCCACUGGGAGCCCAAAAAGGUGGCGGCACACGUGAUAUUUCCACCUUAUGCUGUGUCUGAGGACAGGCUGAUGGCCCUCCAUAAAUGGAAGUCUUCAGCAUGUUCCCCUUCUCUCCAAGAAAAUGAAGCCAUAGUUAGCGAUGUGGUUGAACUAUCAACUGGCAUUUCUGAAGGACUUGCAUUCAAUAAGGAAGUCACCUUGGCCAUCUCUCACAGUGCGUCUGACCUUAAGGGAUAUGAGGUGGUAGUGAAGAAGUUGAUCGACAAGGACACCAAUGAGUGGGUGGACGUCGAUGAAACAGUUGAUUUUCGAUCUCUGUCAGACCUCGAGCAAGCUUAUGGCAGUAAUUUUCCUGACUAUCUCCUUCCUGUUGCUGAGACUAAGAUUACUCAGUGCUCCACUUUUGUGGUGGUUUGCCGUCUCAAGUCUUAUAUGUUCACCGUUACCUCUGAGUCAACAAGCCUUUCCUUGCCCGACUAUCCCCUAGUCAAGGUUAUCAUUCCCGAAAAUGCUGUUCAUGUAAAAGAACAACUCCAGGUUACUGUCAAGGUACAAGAGUUUCCCAGCAAAGAAAUAAAACGAAAGGAAGUGUUGGCUGGGCCCAUCCUUAGAAUUUCGUGUGACAGAGAAGUUGAGUUUCAGGAACCGGUAACUCUUCAGCUACCUUUGUCUUUGAGAGAAAGGUCAGACUUCCCUGAUUCGUCGCUGGUCCUCGCUAGGGUCUUAUUUCAACAGUCUGAUGGCGAACAUCGUCAGUGGACUGAAAUUACAGAUAGCCUGGAACUUCCUCCCAGUUUUGAUGGAACUGUCAUUAAAUUCAGUAUCAGACACUUCUCAGGAUUUUGGAGCUGGCUCGAGUGGUGCGCAACAUCAGUCGUUCAGUUUGUAGCUGGUGAUUACAACACAGAAUGUGUCAGACACGCAGUAGUUUUUACUGCCUCUCUUCCAGUAGACACUCGCAUUGGGUCUAAAACAGAGCUGAGCCUUUAUUGCAGUCCUAAUGACAAGAGAAGGGAGCUAAUUGACAAUGAGGAUGGGCUCUUGCUGCAAGAGGAAAGUGCAUGGGAAUUCAUGCAGCCGAAUGAUAAAGCCUAUGUAUUCCUCUCAGAAGGUGUUGUCAGACCAGUCAAUCUGGAAAAUGGCAGAGACUUUUUCGUCAGGUUUCAAGAACGCGGUUCCAUGAAGAGAACUCUUAAAGUGUUCGUUGUCGCCCACGGAGACCUAACAGUCAAGUUUUGUAGUAGCCAACAACUGGAAGAAGAACAUUUGUUGUGUAGACUGGAAAUGGAACUACCUCCCCCUGCAAGAGAUACAGAGAAAACUCCUGUAGAGUUCUUUGGUGUGCCUUUAGAUGAUAGUGACCUUACCGACGCCCCUUUGACGGAUAUGCUAGCGGCAUGCAAGGGUGUCUUACAGGAAAUAAACCGUGGCGACAUUUAUGAACGUCAUAUUACGGGAAGCUCCGACCGCGCUUCGGUAACGCGUUUCUUCGAGGCUCUUGCAAGACUGCCGCCGGAGGAUCAAUCAAAGUGUUUCAAUACAAUUGUCGAAUUUCUGAAAGGGAGAGGUUUAGGGUUGGAGCAUGUCGCAGAUCGUCUCCUUAAAGCGGAAGCAUUGGUAAGCAUUUCCCCCGAUGAACGCGUGUGCUCUUUGGUUGCUGAGAAACUAAAGAUGGGUUCUCUAUGGAAGAAACUUGCUAGCAAGUUAAAAGUCGCAUGGGCUAUCAUGGAAAACAUUCAAGAGGAAGAAAGAGGAGAUGGCGAGGAAUGUUGUCGUAAGUCGCUUAAAAGUUGGCGCGAAACCAAUGGUUCACGGGCCACUGUUAGAGAACUCAUGAGGUGUCUAACGGACAUGGGCUAUGGUACCAUCAACUGGCAUAUAAUGAAAGCACUUAACCUUGUCGUAAGAGAAAAUAUGCCUCAGUCAGUGAGAUUAUGACAUCUAGAUCUUUAAAAGGUAUUGGUGAUGGAGUUCUAAUGGCAUAUAGUUAGAGAACGUAUUCUUGGGGCAAAAAAAUAUACAGAUAUAUCUAUGCCUCAUUCAGAAAGAGCGGGAUGUGUUUAACCCUUUUAGCUCUAAAUUGCAGGCUUUUCUUUUUUUCAGUUUAAUGAAUGGAUCCCUGUAUGCCAUUUGUUGGCUAUCGAUCUGUCUAUCUCAAAAAUCGCAUCAGCAAGUAACCACUGAGAAAUUGAUACUUUUGACAAACGAUGGUUUGAAGGAAAAGUUCAAACCUUCCAUGGUUGGUGAACUAUAUCAUAUACAGGGGGAAGGUUUCCCAAGUUUAUGCUUUCAAUGAAUAGAUCAAUACCGGAUCAUUUUGGUGCUAACAGUUUCAUCAAAAUCGACCAAACGUGAAGCAGAAAGUGACGUCACACUUACUCAGACACUCACUAGAUCAUCUUCGUGUUCUUGGGCACAUAGGGCCAUGCAUGGUGGGCCAUGCAUGGUGACGUUACAAGUUCACAGGUAUUUUUUUUUUGUGGCGAAAGGGUUAAGCAACAUGGGCUUCGCUAAGAGUGAAGUGGCUUAUCAUGAGAGUACCUAAUCUUUUCGUGACAGAAAAUUUGCCAAGGUGAGAUAUGAUACGACAGGCCUUUUGAUAAACAAGCUCAUGACUAUACUUCUAAUGCAAAGCUUUCCCGGGGUAUACCGUGUAAUAUCUUACGAGUCACUUAUAUUUUCGCUGUAUACUCACGAAACUUUCUAUUUUAUGACCUGCCAUAGAAAACACAGUUGUCAAAACAAUUAAUGCGACACACGCGCAGCGUACGAUGGGAACGUCGAAUGUAAUAACGUGGACAAUAUCAUGGGUGACAAAUUACUCCUUAAUUUUGGCUCGAAAUUUCUGCGAUAAUUUAUUGUGUCACAUGUGAAAUUGCAAAAUUGCCAUGGCAACAUUUGGGGCGAAAUUGCUCGAUACAAUUAACAAGUCAAAAAACAGCGGCUGUAGGCGUAAUUUGUCUCCUAUGAUAGUCAAAGGUAGUCAAAUGGUAUACUCGUGAAAAUAGGAAAUAAUUUCACAUGCGUUUUGUCAAAGUUCUCAUAAAAAUUUUGACAAAACGCGCGUGAAAUUUUUUCCUAAUUUCACCGUCACCAUUAUGUUAUCAUUAACAAGUAUCCUGUAUUCUGAUUAGCUGUAUUUUCCGGUAUAAAGAAGCAUAUUUUAAUAUUCCUUCGAAACUAAGUUUCUUUAAACUUCGGAUUCAUACCCCCACCGUGGUACAAGAGGGUGGGGUAGAGGGAACCCCUCUCGAUUUUUGUUCUGUUAGGGCAGAUUUAAAUAAAAUUUACAUUGAUUAGAUAGCCCUGAACCUGCUCUACAAGAUGAUACCAUUUUUGUUGGUUAU